AUGACAACUGCGCGAAAACGGGUUGCUAAGAAAUCUGCAUCGUCCAGGACAGCUCAAUUAGAAGAAAAGCUUGAAGAUCUUGUUACCAUUCUGCGCGCAUCUCAGCCCCAAAAUGGACAUCUGCAGUCUCCCAACUCCGAAGACUCCAGUCCCCUGAUGAACUCAUCGAACGUGGGUCAUCCUCUAACUAGCCGUCUGGAGUCCUUGGCAACUGCUGCAGCUUCGUCUUCUUCUUCGGAAACUCAACCGCAUUCAUAUACUAUACCUCAUAGUCAUGAUUCAAGAAGUACGGGCGGUAGCCAUGUGCAUACCUCGCCCUCCAGUGUUGGUGAAGAUACUUCUUCCUUAGAUGAACCCACGCCCGAAGAAGCCGAACUGUAUCUGGACAAAUACAGAGGGUGGCUGAGGAAGUUUCCAUGUAUGGUCCUGCCACCUGAUAUGACAGCUGCAGCUCUGCGAAAGGAGAAGCCAUUCCUGUGGCUGUGUAUUAUGAAUAUGACAUCGAUGUCGGUUGAGCAGCAGAUGAAAUUGAGAGAUCGGGUUCGACAGGAAAUUGCCAACAGAAUUAUUAUCAAUCAUGAGAGGACCAUGGACUGUCUUCAAGGACUUAUAUGUUACCUCACCUGGGCCUCCACUACCUCUAGUCCAGGUAGACCGUUUGUUAUCACCUUCGUUCAAUUGGCCGUCCUGGUUGCCUAUGAUAUGGGUCUCACAAAAGCUCCCGUUGAGGAACAAUACUUUACAGUUUGUUUCAAGGCAUGGGGAGGACGGCCUGCCCCACCGCGGUUACGCACGCUGGAGGAGCGGCGAGCCGUUGUGUCACUAUGGUUUCUGAGUUCCGUUCUGGCGUCUUUCGUUGGCAAGAUGGAUCCUCUCCACUGGACGCCCCAUAUGAGCGAUUGUCUUGACGCUCUGGAGAGGGAGAAACUAUAUCCAUUUGAUGAAUUGCUGGUCGCAUUUAUCAGAUAUCAGCUUGUUGCGGAUGAAGCGCAGAAACUGCUGGUUCGCGAUGUCAUGGGUGACCCAUCUCCAGCCCCUACAUACGUUUUCAGAAAGAGCUUGCUUGCCAAACUCCAGGCGGUUCGGGACGGGUUGCCCUUGAACAUGCCCGUAACCCCGGUACUGCAGGCACACGCGCUUGCAACAGAGGUUCAAAUCAAUUCUGUCGGCCUGUUCAUGCAAGAUGUUCCAGUCAAUCAACGAAUCGAAAGCAUGUAUUCAUGUCUAAGAGCGAUCAGGGCAUGGUUCGAUGUGUUCUUUGCCGUUCCGAUUGAGGAGGUUGCAGGCUCACCCUUUCCUAUCUAUAUUCAGCUCUCUCAAGUUCAGAUAGCUCUAUAUCGGCUCACAACGUCUGAAGACCCUGCCUGGGACAAGGAACUCGUACGAAAUACGGCCGAUCUACUAGUUCUUUUGGAUCAAACGGUUGACUUCUUUACGCGCCUGGAUUCGGCUUACAAAAUCAAGGUGAGCGCAGGCGAGGAAACAGUGUUCCGAAUGGCGGCCAAAAUCAUGCGUAACAUCAAGAAUUCGUGGGAACCUACAUUAUCGAGGCAUCUCGGCGGUGCUCCCUCAUCAUCAACAAAUCAAGGGGCAUUCCAAUUAAUACCAGCACCAAACCCACCGGAUCAGCAAAGCAUAGACAUGGCAGCGGUCAAUAUGAUGGAUUUUGGAGAUGUUACAUGGAUGUCUGACGUGUUUGGACCCUGGGAGUUCUAG